GCCGAGAAGGACCACAUCGAGGACUUUGCGCCCGAGGUUGCGUGGGUGACAAAGUCGGGGGACGGCGACCUGAACGAGCCGAUUGCGAUCCGGCCGACUUCGGAGACCAUCAUGUACCCCGCCUUCCGCAGCUGGAUCCACUCCCACCGCGACCUUCCGAUCAAGCUCAACCAGUGGUGCAACGAGGGGCACACGGCCCACGCCACCAAGGAGGAGGCGGACGUCGAAGUGCUGCAGAUCCUCGAGUUCUACGCGGCCGUCUACGAGGAGCUGCUCGCCGUCCCCGUCAUCAAGGGCAGGAAGACCGAGAAGGAGAAGUUUGCCGGCGGCGACUACACCACCACCGUCGAGGCCUUCAUCCCGGCCGCCGGCCGCGCCAUCCAAGGCGCAACCUCGCACGGGCUCGGCCAAAACUUCGGCAAGAUGUUCCGGAUCGAGUUUGAGGGCGCCGACGGCAAGAAGGCGAUCCCGUGGCAAAACUCGUGGGGCCUGACGACUCGGACGCUCGGCGUGAUGGUGCACGGCGACGACAAGGGCCUCGUCCUCCCUCCGCGCGUCGCGCCGCUGCAGGCCGUGAUAGUGCCUAUCACGAUGAAGGACGUGGACGAGGGCGCGCAGCUGAAGACGUGCGGCGAGAUCGCGGCGGCGCUGCGGGAGGCGGGCGUGCGCGUGCACGGCGUCCCGCUGCGGCUCGAGCUCGGCCCGAAGGACAUGGCCAAGCAGCAGAUCCGGGUAGUGCGGCGCGACACAAACGACAAGGAGGACGUGCCGCUGUCCAUCCUGCCGCAGAAGGCGGCGCUGCUGCUCGUGCAAAUGCGCGCCGCUCGCACGCCUCCCCCGGGGCGGCUUACGCGCGACAGCUACGUGGCGCAGGCGCUGACGUGGGAGGAUUUCAUGGCGAAGAUUGGCGCCGGCAACCUCGAGUUUGAGGAGCUCGUCAAGAAGCGCUCCAAGGAGGAGGCGCUCGCGGCGGCGGGCGAGGAGGCGGAGGACGACCGCGCUGCCAUCUCGCUCGCCGUCAAGACGCUCUGCAUCCCGUACGAGGCGCCGCCGCUGCCCGACGGCACGCCGUGCUUCAUCUCGGGCAAGCCCGCCGUCUGCUGGACGCUGUGGGGGCGUUCGUACUGA